CUUGCGCCCGUAGAAGGGGAUAUUUCGCGAGCGCGGACGUGCUUAUGAGUCAGUGCAGGUGAAAAUCUCGGACAAAUUUGAUUGCCCCCAUGGAGAUCUCCUGCGUCGACAAGAGCAUGCUGCGACUGGCUGUGGCGCUGGACAAGCGCGGCAGCGGCAAUGCGAACCGAGAGGAAUCCGUGAGAAUGCCGAGAUUAUCCGAAUCCAGGGAAGGCGGCGACUCUAUCUCCUCCCGAAAUCCGGGGGCGCCUUACAGGUCCCGGAGCUACAGCACCAGCGGAUUUGUGAGGAAGACAUUCAAGCUGCCAAGCAAUGGCCCCCUGGAGCUGGAAAUUCUGGUGGAAAGGAUAGAGCGUGGAGAGAUUGGUUUCGAGGAAGUCCGAGCGUACACGGACAGGUACUUAACCGGAAGCUUUGCUGGGCGAGUGUUGCGGUGCUUCAAGGAUGGAAAGAUAGCGCUCGAGUUCUUCAAGUGGUGCCAGGACCAGGCAGGAUUUUCUCACAGUACUUACUCGUACAAUUGUCUCAUGGAUCUUCUCUUCCGGAUGAAGCUCUAUCAGGACGUCUACGCGACUUUCAGGGCCAUGAGAGAGUGCUCUCCAAACAGGUAUACUUUCCGGGUGGUGCUCAAGAGCUUUUGCAAGCAAGGGAAGCUCCGGGAUGGUUACAAGCUGUUUGGGCAGAUGCUAGACAAUGGGAUAAGUCCGGAUGGGAUCGAGUACAACAUUCUCAUCGAUGGAUACGCGAAGAAAGGGAGAGUUGACGACGCCAACAGGUUGUACGAGGAGAUGGUUUCUGUUGGCUUGGAGCCGAGCAUCUACACUUACAACUCCUUGCUCAAUGCGUUCUGCAAGGAGACGAAGAUGAAGGAAGCCAUGGAGCUGUUUAAGACGAUGGCCGAGAAAGGCUUCGAGCCGGACGUUGUCACUUACAGCACCAUCAUCUCGGGGCUUUGUAAGACGGGGAAGGUGACCGAAGCUUUGGAGAUGGUAGAGGAGAUGACCGAGAAGGGUGUGAAUCCCGACGUUGCGACUUACACUAUCAUCGUGGACAGGCUCUGUAGAGCGGGCAAAGUUGACGAAGCUGACGAGCUGUUUCACAAGAUGAUUGAACGGGGCUGCUCGGCAAACACUGUUGCUUACAACGCGCUCAUCAACGGGCUCUGCAAGGACGAGAACAUCGAACGGGCUUACAAGCUACUUGAAGAGAUGGCGAGCAAGGGAUACGAGCCUGACAACAUCACUUACAACACAAUUCUCAGCGGGCUUUGCAGGAUGGGGAAGGUGAGUGAGGCCAAGCAGUUUUUUGACAGUAUGCCUUCCAGGGGAUACAGUCCCGACGUUGUGGCAUACAACGGUCUUCUGGACGCUCUGUACAAGGAAGGCAAAGUUGCAGAGGCUUGGGGUCUUUUCAAGACCAUGGGUGAGAGGCCGGACAGGCUAACUUGCUACAUUAUGCUUCAAGGACUCUUUAAUGAGAAGAAAGUGGACGAUGCUGUCAAGUUCUUUGAAGGGGUCAUACGAGACGGCAAGUUUGGCCACGAGGGGGCAACGUAUUCACUUCUGAUAGAGGGCCUUUGCAAGUCCAAGAAGGUGGACGAAGCUGUCACUAUGCUCAACGAGAUGCUCGAGAAAGGACACGUUCCACAGACUGUCCCAGCAACGGCACUUCUCUCGACCCUUUGCAAGGAGAAGAAGGUUGAUGAUGCUUUGGCCUGCUUUGAAGCGCUGAAAGCCAGGGGAUACAAACCGGACGUGGUGACUUACAACGCUCUUCUCUCCGGGCUUAGAAAAUGCGAGAAGUUUGAUCUGGCCGUCAGCCUGCUGGAAGACAUGGCGGACAGGAAAGUCGCUCCAGACUUGAUUACGUACAACACACUUAUCGAUGGCUUUUGUCGCGUUGAGAAGACAGACGAGGCUAUGAAGCUGUUCAAAGACGUCAUCGCCAAGGGAUACAUGCCAGACACUGUGACUUACAACUCGAUACUGCUGGGGUUGGCAAGAAAAAGCAACAUGGACGAGGCCGAGGAAAUGUUUAAGAAAAUGGUGGAUAGCGGCUGUGCUCCAAAUGGCGCAACGUACAGCAUCGUUCUCUCGGGUCACUGUAGAGUGGGGAACAUGGCUAGAUGCCUCGAACUCUACGAGGAAAUGACCGAGAAGCGGUUCAGCCCCGAUGUCCUGCUCUGCAAUGCCGUCAUCGAUAUGCUUUGCAAGGCCAAAAAGGUGGACGAUGCGCACAAGGUUCUCGAAGAGAUGAGCAAAAUCGGAGCCGUGCCGGAUGUGGUUACGUAUAACAUCCUUCUGGACGGGCUGUGCAAAACCAACUUGGUGGACAAGGCCCACGAGCUGUUCUCGACCAUGGUGGACAACGGCUGCGCUCCAGACAUCGUAAGCUACAGCGUUGUCCUCAACGGGCUGUGCAAGACAAACAAGGUGCACGAUGCCAGAGUUCUCUUCGACAGGAUGAUCGAGAGGAAGUUGGUUCCGGACGUUGUCACCUUCAACAUCUUGAUGGACGGGCUGUGCAAGGCAGGGAAGUUGGACGAGGCCAAAGAUCUUCUGGAUGUUAUGAGCGAGCACAACGUUCUUCCAGAUGGAGUGACUUGCACAACGCUCAUGCACGGCCUGUGCCGGGACAAGAGAACGGACGAGGCUGUGAGGCUUUUCCAGUACAUGGUGGAGAAAGGCACUGUGGCUGACGUCCUCCCCCACAACAUCGUCCUCGCAGGCCUGUGCAGGGAAGGCAAGCUCGCGCAGGCCCUUCUCUUUUUCAAGUCGAUGGUCAAGUCGGACGGAGAGUUUAGCCCGGACGUGGUGACGUACACUACUCUGGUGAAUGCUCUGAUCGAAGCCGGAAGAGUCGACCAAGCGGUGGAUUACUUCCAGCAGAUGACAGGCUCGGGCUGUGCUCCAGACUACGUUGCCUACAACACGCUCAUGAAUGGGCUGAGAAAGCAAGGGAGGCACAUCCAGGCUGACAGGCUCACACAGGCCAUGAAGGAGAAGGGGUUCUUGUCGGAUUGCUUCAAGGCGCCGCUCAGAGCCUAAGGUAGCUGUCAGCACCCCUUUGCAACUUCCGCGACAAGACGACUUCCAUUGCUUGCAUGCCUGUGAUCCAUCUUAUUGUCUUGAGUUUAUCGAUCCAUCUUGGAGAAAAAAAAGGGGGGAAGGGGGUGACCUUCUUCUUCUCAAACGUUCGUUAGUUGACAAUGCAUGCUACAACUUCCACAAGAUCCAGCAUAGGAUCUGGGUGUCCUGCCUGCUUGAGACGCUCCAUUAUGUUACACUUGUUAGAGGCGUCCCGUUCUGUCCUGGAAGUAAAAACCACUGUUAGCAUCCGACCGUUGAUCGCGGAUUUGCUGUUGCAAAUACUCCCGGCACUUCUCCAGAGCUUCGCGCAUCCAAGCGUGACGGACUUUCUCAAUGGCGGUGGCAAUUGUGAACUGAAAGAGAACGAGAGAGAGAGAGCUAAGUUUGAGUUCAUUCCAAAUUCCUCCUCUUCUCUCCAGGCAUUUACCCAUUGACGACGUCGAGCCUCCUGCUCGGGCCAGGUCUCGAGCUCUUGAGUCACUUCUAAUGCAAACAUGUAUGCCUUGCAGUUGCCUUUGGUGCA